AUGAAUAAUAAUCCUAUGUACAUCCUCACACUCCCCGGAUCAGAUGAGAUUAUGACUGCCCAGGCAGGUGAAGCUAAGGGUAAUUAUAAACUUGAUAAUCUUGAGCUAGAAUACGAGACCAUUGAGAAUGACGCCCUUGCUGGUGAAGUGUCAAGGAUGUAUUCAACAGGUCGCUCACUGUCCUACAAACACGUCACACUAAUGCGCACGAGUAAUUGGGACAAGGAUCUUACCAUUGUGAAUGAAAACAUAAAUAUCCCCAGGAAGAGCAUGUCAGCAAUUGUCCUUCUAUUUACCACUACAAUAAUAAAUGAUUCUGAACAAUAUAUUUACCCAAAUAUUGACAAAGUGAACCUAACCAUUGAAGGUGUACCUAAUGCAGUUUUCUCCCAAGGACUUCCUAAAAAUAGGUUCUUUGAGGAGGCAAAACGGUUCUUCUGCCCCAUGUGUGAAAAAUCUAUGGCAGAUGAAUAUAUGUCCGUCAGCAGGUUCUUCGAUAAUGGUUUCGCUCUGGUAAUUGAUCUAAGGUCAACACAGGAUGAUACCACUGGUGGAGGAAGGAGAAUUGUUAACACACAGUCAGGUGUACUCAUGGAAAUCAAAAAGAGAGCCACAACUGCUGACGUUUGA